AUGUACAUGGCCACCCUCACCAUAGGUGAUCUACUCAAGAAGAGUGUCAUCAACAAGGAAUCGGCUAAUUGGAGGACCCAGGGGUCCAACUUCCGACCUCCUGAGGAUCCUGCCUUGACUCCUGGAUGCAUCAACAUAACACCUUGCUGGUUCCAACAAGGAUAUGAGUGCUAUGGCCCUCCUCCCAACGAUCCGGAUGACGGGUUCAAACCGGAGGUCUCUGCCUCCUUGAAGGGCGACAGGCGCCUGUCCAUGAUCAUGGAUAUGCAGAGACCCGCCCUCCUUGCAUCUGCCACCUUGCGUGUCAUGCACCCUAAGCUUUACUGGGCUUCCCAUUGGGCUUCCGUCUACACCAGUGCCACUGUCAUGUGCAACCGUCAGUCCCCUGACCACAGAGACCCAAAGUGUCCGCCCGAGGCAUUCAACAUAUUGAUUUGCAUCGGGAGCUACCCACAUGCCAUCAUGCAGUUGACCAACCUCGGAAUCGAGCUGGUAUACAACCCGGGCGUCAUGGUGAGCUAUUCCAGCCGCCUAGUCAGACAUGGCAUCCGCAUUGACGAGGGAGAUCGGAUGGUAUGGGCUUGGUUCCUCCGGGAUAGCAUGCACAACUAUGCCAGAACCCCCCACCCGGAUUAUGCCACAUACAAUCCAGUCGACCUCCAUGCAUACCAGUUGGCCAAGUACAACCAGGCUGAUUUUGUUGUGUAUGGCAACUGGUAG